AUGUCAUAUCAAGUAUCAAGUUCACCGACUGAAAGUCAGGCUCUAUACUUAGAUCCAGCCAUACGUGAUUGGGUAUUGAUCCCUAUCAUGGUGGUAAUGGUUCUUGUCGGUGUGUUUAGAGAUCAAGUUACAGUAUUGUUAAGUGGGAGCGGUCCGAAAAAACCUGUCUUAAAAGCAAUUAGGGAAACAAGAGUUUUAGUACGCGGCGCGACGUUAAGGAGUUAUGGAAAUCAUAUUCCUCCAUCAUCUUUUUAUAGCAGAAAAAGUUAUUUAGCAAAUGCAUAUGAAAAAGGUUAUUAUCUGAAAAAUCCAAUAGCUAUGAAUCAGACGGUAAAUCCAAUGGAUCCUCAAGGAAUGGAAAUGAUGAUGGAAGGAAUGAAAAAGAAUUUUGCGAUGAUCAUACCACAAACUGUUAUCAUGGGUUGGGUAAACUUCUUCUUUUCCGGAUUUGUGUUAAUUAAAAUGCCCUUCCCCCUUACACUUCGUUUCAAGUCUAUGCUUCAACGUGGUGUGGAGACUUCUGACAUGGAUGUCACAUGGGUUUCAUCUUUGUCUUGGUAUUUUCUUAAUCUUUUCGGUUUAAGAAGUAUAUUUUCCCUACUUUUAGGCGAAGAUAAUGCGGCUGAUGGCAUGCGGGAUAUGACUGCAAUGCCACAAAUGGGUGCUUCAGCUACAGGACAGCCACAAAAUUAUCAUAAACUUCAUCUUGCUGAAAAAGAAAAUCUUGAACUGACACCGCAUGCUUGGGAGUUGGAGGAUGUGGAGUAUAGAUUGUUAGCUCAAUAUGGUAAAAGACCGAGAAUUUCAAUUACUGAAACUAAUGAAAGAAACGAAGGGUCGUCAUCCGUGUCUGAAUAUAAAGGUAAAGGUCGCAAGAAGGGAGGAAAAUGA